AUGCAGCGGUCCAAUACUCUCGUAAGACCCGGCAGACGCAAGGCGAAAGAAGCGCUUCUCAGCACACCAACACAUGUGAAAGGGGUCAGCCCAGCGCAGCGCUGGACGCCAUGGACGGUCUACUGCAGCAUAUUGACAUUCUGCGUUCCUGAUGCACUCCUUUCUCGACUCGGCAAACACACACCAAAUGAGCGUCAAGCAUGGCGAGAGAAAGUGGGUCUCUUGGGUGUCAUAACUGCGUUGUGUGCUGCAGUUGGCUUCAUCACAUUCGGAUUCUCUGCUGUUGUGUGUCCGGCAGAUACGUUACCGCGAAUCAAGGCGAGUGAUAUUGAGAACGAGUCAAGUGGCUACUUGGUCAUCCACGGACGCGCCUUCAACCUCCUCAACUCUGCGCACCCAGCAGCACAAGGUAUUCCAGCAGACACCAAUGUCUUGUAUCAACCUGUUUCAGCAGCAGGUCUCGAUGCUAGCUGGCUCUUUCAGAAUGUCAAUCGCCAUUGUACAGGCCUCAUCACACCUGCCACCGGUUCCAGAAUCCUACAUAGAGGCAGUCAACUCUCGCAGUACGCACCAUGCGUUUUGAGGCACCUCAACGGGAGUGCUGUCAGCGGCUUCUUUGGCUCAGAUUCAAAAUCCAUACCAUAUCCUGGAUUCAAUUGCCAUACGACAAAUAAUGCUCGAAAUGCAUACUUUGGCCUAAAGGUCGCUGGAGAAGUUUUUUACAACUGGCAUGAGAUUGCCAAUAGAUCUCGCAACUUGCUCGUCUUUCGAGGCGACGUGCUCGACCUAGAUCUACUAACAGCACUUGACAGGAACCAAGUCGAGUAUCCUGCUGCAUUUGAUGAAUGGCGCAACGGCACCAGAAACAGCCAACUGCGAGGCUCAGAUACGACACUCCAGUUGUCGUCAAAAACAGACGUUGCUCUUGCGAUGUGUUUGAGAGAUAUCGCCCGAAUUGGCAGCGUCGAGGGUAAAACUGUUGGCUGUCUGGCAAGUCAGGUGAUGCUGUACAUUGCACUUGGCAUGAUUCUCGGCCUCGUGGGCAUCAAGUUCUUGCUCGCGUUAUACUUUCAAUGGGUCAUGGCACCCAAGCUUGGUCGUCUCCCAAAGUCUAGAGAAGCACUGCACGAGCGUGACUUAGCAAUCGAGGCCUGGAGCGAUAAUACUCAAUAUCAGACAAAGAUCAGCUCAGGUGACGAUCAAAGAAGUGGCAUGUACACGCUCGACAACGCAUCUUCCGCAUCUGCGACAAAUCUGUUGAGACGGACUAGCCCGCAUCGCCAUCCAAUUGAUACUCGACAGGACGAGCAAGGCGCCUCGUAUACCAUCUGUCUUGUUACUGCUUACUCAGAAUCAGCAGCAGGACUUAGAGCCACACUUGACUCCAUCGCCUGCACGACUCAUCCGGACAAGCAAAAAUUGAUCCUGGUCAUUUGCGAUGGGCUCGUCAAGGGUGACGGAGAAGAUCAAACAACAGCAGACCUAGUGUUAGAAUUGAUGACGCGCAGUGAGGACGAACCUGAAGCGCACUCGUACGUGGCUGUUGCCAGUGGGACCAAGCGCCACAAUAGGGCGAAAGUGUAUCCAGGCCAUUAUAAAUGCAGCGACCCAGCUGGCGAUGAGUAUCACGUUGUACCCAUGCUCACCAUUGUCAAGGUUGGCACAGCAGAUGAAGCCGUCAAUGAACCUAGCCGCACGGGCAACCGCGGCAAGCGUGACAGUCAGGUACUGCUCAUGAGUUUCCUCCAAAAGGUCAUGUUUGACGAGCGCUUGAGCGAGCUCGACUAUGAGCUCUUUUGCGCCAUUCGCGAGGUUUGUGGCAAGAUGCCAGAUGUGUUUGAAUCGGUCCUCAUGGUCGAUGCCGAUACUGUGGUCUUCCCAGACGCGCUAACACACAUGCUGCAUGCACUGAAGCAAGACCCGCUCAUUACAGGGCUUUGUGGUGAAACAAAAAUCAGCAACAAAAUGGCUUCUUGGGUGACCAUCAUCCAAGUUUUCGAAUACGCCAUCUCGCACCACUUGUCGAAGAGCUUUGAGUCUGUUUUUGGAGGAGUGACGUGCCUUCCUGGGUGCUUCAGCAUAUAUCGCGUCAAAGCGCCUGCUGGCAGCCAAGACCGAUGGGUGCCUAUCUUAGCAAAUCCAGAUGUUGUUGAGCACUACUCGGAGACAGCCGUGGAAACCCUUCAUGACAAGAAUCUGCUGCUGCUUGGCGAAGACCGUUACCUGUCGAGCUUGCUUCUCCGAACCUUUCCAAGACGUAAAAUGAUUUUUUUGCCAGCUGCAGUCUGCAAAACGCAAGUGCCCGACACUUUCUCCGUGCUGUUGUCGCAGCGAAGACGAUGGAUCAACAGUACGGUGCACAAUUUGUUUGAGCUCGUGAUUGUGCGCGAUCUCUGUGGGACCAUGUGCGUCUCAAUGAACUUUGUGGUCUUCAUUGAACUCGUCGGCACUCUGGUCUUGCCAGCAGCCAUUGGCUUCACGGUAUACUUGCUGAUCUCGUCAAUUUACACGAGACCCGUGCCCAUCAUUCCAUUGAUUCUACUGGCCAUCAUCUUGGGCUUACCAAGCGUUCUCAUGGUUCUGACAAUGAAGCGAUUUUCUUACUUCCUCUUCAUGUUGGCUUACUUAGCGGCCUUGCCAAUCUGGAAUGGCAUCUUCCCUCUGUAUGCAUUUUUACACUUCGACUCCUUUUCGUGGGGCGAAACGAGGAAAGUACAGGGAGAGACUGGACACGGCAAUGCUCAUGGCGAAAAAGAGGGGGAAUUCGACUCGAGCAUGAUUGUGAUGAAGAGGUGGCGAGACUUUCAGCAGGACAAGGCUUGGCAGCAACAUUGA